UCUUGUGGGGACCUCUGAGGAGCCCAAACUUUCCAGUGGCACCUCCACCGUCAGCUGCCUGCACCUCUCCACCACAAAAAGGGGAAAAGCAGAACAGUUUUGUGUGCAUCAUCCAGUGUUAGUGUUGACCUGUGUUUGAGCCAGUUCUCCCCUCUUUCUUUUUUUUUGCUUUUCUAGUGAAGAGGCCCUUAGACAAAGGGAAAAAGACAAGAAGAUGAUCAGUCUACUUUCCUUUGUGUUGUUCUGUCUGACCUUUGCCAACAAUGCAUACACAGCAGAAAGUCGGCACAAAAUCUUUGCCAACCCUGGAGACAAUGUCACCCUGCCUUGCCGGCUGACACAUAACACCGGCUUCUCUUUUGGUGGAACGGGGACCAGAAUCAAGUGGAUCAAGCUUGAAGAUGCUUUCAAUGAAGUCGACGUGCUGGUCUCUAUGGGCUUCCAUAAGGUGAAAUAUGGACGCUUCCAAAACCAUGCCCACCUCCAGGAGGCUGACGAAAACGAUGCCACCCUGAUUAUUAACAAUCUGCAGCUGGAAGACUUUGGCAUGUACAGGUGUGAGAUCAUUAGAGGCAUGGACGAAAACAUUGUUGAAGUGGAGAUUCGAAUGCAAGGGGAAGCAUCACUCUCUUUCACAGGGGUUGUUUUCCCAUACUCCCCUCGUCUGGGUCGUUACAACCUGAACUUCCAUGAUGCUGAGACGGCUUGCCUAGAACAGAACGCUGUGGUGGCUUCCUUCGACCAGCUCUACCAAGCCUGGAAAGGUGGGCUGGACUGGUGCAAUGCUGGCUGGCUGAGUGACGGAACCGUGCAGUACCCCAUCACCAAACCCAGAGAGCCCUGUGGAGGAACGAGGGCCGGUGCUGGACUGAGGAGCUAUGGUCAGCGGGACAAGGCCAACAGCCACUUUGAUGUCUUCUGCUUCACUGGUGGAUACGAUGGUCAAGUCUUCUUUGUGGACCAGAAGCUGACCUACACCGAGGCUGUGCAGGCCUGCCAGGACGAUGGAGCUGAGCUCGCCAAGGUUGGGCACAUGUUCGCUGCCUGGAAGCUGCAUGGUUAUGACCGCUGCGAUGCUGGCUGGCUGUCAGAUGGCAGUGUUCGCUACCCCAUCUCCAGGCCCAGAAUGAAGUGCAGCCCGACGGAAGCCGCCGUCCGCUUCAUUGGAUUUCCUGACAAGAAACACAAGCUCUAUGGUGCCUACUGCUACAGAGCUCACCAGUGAUGGUCUACCAUCACUUUAGCUCACAGAGCAACCAAUGAUCAGCAACAAACAAGCAUCAAAUCUGAAACCAGUGCAGUCAAUUAGUAUGAACUACCAUAAAAACUGUGAAUAUCUUAUAUUCUAAAGCAGUGGAUUUCAACUUUGGUCCUUGAGAUCCCCUAACUUCCAUAUUUUUGUGUUUUCCAUGUUCUUAUGCACCCACUUAAACACAAAAGAACAACUUGUACAUUACCUGAUUAGUUAUAUCAAGCAUGUUAGAAAAGGGAAAACAUUUAAAUGUACAGUGGAACUGUGGUAUCAUUGUUGGGAACCACUGCUCUAAUGGAAGAUAUUGAAAACUGUUUCAUAAUGCAACAUUCCAGAUAUUUCAGAGUUAACUUUCUUUUUCAUAUUAGUUUCUACUGAUUGCUGGGCAACAUAUCUCUUCAGUUAUAGCAUGUUCAAUAUAUUAAUUGAAUUUGUCAGUCUAUAAUGAGGGAAAAACUAAAAAAAAUUAGCUUGAAAAUUGUAAACUUGACAAUUUGUUUUGGCUCGCCUAAACAAAUGGCCAGUGUAAAUUUCGCAGCCAUAAUAAUGAUUCUUCCCAGUAUAAAAAUGUCCUCAACACUUGUUUGUUGUUUGAACACUAUGAACUGUGACCACAUUGCAAUGAAAUGUAAAGUGAAUGUAUGGAGCCUAAACUAUCACCAGGCCUAAUAACUAAUUGGUUGUAUCAUGACACAUAAUCGUCAUUUACUUUUCCCCCCUGAAAUUUUAGAGCCUGAUAUUCUUCAUAUAUUUUCUUCAUGUUAUAUUUGUAAUAUUUCUCAAAUUAUGUUUCUUUCCCUAUCAUUUGCAUUCUUAUUUGGGGAAAAUCACUUUUUUUUCCCUUUACCCCUUAUCCUUGAAGGAGCCAUGGGAGGAUCUCUGACAAGUCCAGUUUUUUCAAUAGUGAUAUUGGCCUAUAAAAGGCAGACUUGGGCAAUACUUUUGUUCAGAUGUUUUCUUCCCAUCUUCCCAGCAAAUUAGUCCAAUAUAGUCGUGUCACAGCUGGCACAAUUUCUUUAAAGUAUGAAGGUCUGACGAGCUGCUGGCGAUGCAAUGGAUUUUGGAUUAUUGCGGAGAACUGCAAAUGCAGUUAUGCUGCACCCAGAGGCACAUGAAAUCUUCAAUAGGACCCAGUUGCUUACUCGCAACAGCACUAUGAGAGACGUAGCUUGAGAGGUAAAGUUGCGGUAUUGAAGGUAUGAACAAAAUGUUGUUUCUGAGAAUUUGCUUUGCAAUGCCACUAAGCAACUGAUCACCUAAGCUUUAGGAAGAAAGGAGGAAGAUUUCAAUAUAAAGCAUAUUUACUAUUGUCAUUCUUAAGUUUGAACACAAGUUUCCCAGACGUGCACACUUAUGAGUAAGGUGGGCUUGAUAAAUUGCAAUUAUGCUGUGUUGAUGUACGGACUAAGUUACUUGCCUUUGAGAGCCAGAUACGUUAAGCAUUUUCUAUUCUGUUUCUAUUGACAUGUGGGUUUGUUUUUGUGAUGGGAAGAAAACUCUACCUGAAGUUCCAUUUUAUACUACAAAAGCCACAAUGCACAUAAACAAAAGUGCUACUUUUUAAAACAAGUACUGUUUCUUUUUAUGCACAUAAUAGAAACAUUGUUUUACUCUAAAAUGCAGUGUACGUUUUUUUACAAAUGGAAAAUAAAAACCCACAAAACUGAA